AAAUACAUCAGAGUUUUGUGAAAUUUAUCCUUUCCCUCAUAAUGCCGCUGUUUGAGACUGUACUUCAAGAAAAGCCAGCGAUAGUGCUGGAAAUCGGCACUGCAUUGGCGAAAUUGGGAUUCGCUGGAGAACCAUAUCCACGUAGCAUCAUUCCUGCCGACGUUGUCGAUCAUCGAGACAAAAACGCCGGACAAGCGACCCCAACGCGUAAACUUUUCGAUUAUGCGACAGAAGCAGAACUGUACGAUUCGUUGGUGGACUUUCUAAAAACCAUAUUCUUCAAAAACGUCCUAGUCAGUCCAAAAGAACGUAAAAUCGUGGUAGUGGAGUCGGUCUUGUGCCCAACGAUCAUUAAGGAAAAUUUAGGCCGCGCUUUGUUCUGCCACUUCGAUGUGUCGUCCGUGUUCUUCGUACCGACCCAUUUGGUAGUGCUGGCAACGUUGGCCAUCGACACGGCGCUUGUGGUCGAUAUCGGUUACAAGGAGGCUGUCGUUAUGCCCGUAUUCUGCGGGGUCCAGGUAUUGUACGCAUGGGAGGCACAACCGCUUGCCGCCGAGAGUGUCCACACCGAAAUCAAAAGACAACUCGUUGAAUCCGGCGUAAAAGAGGAGCUACUCACUGAAGCAGUUCUCGAGGAUAUUAAAAUACGAACAUGCUUUGUUACCACCUUAGAAAGGGCUGCCAAAUUUCGGAACGAAGCAGAAGCCGCCAUCACUCCCUGUCCAGAUGUUGACUAUCCGGUACAAGGGGAAGAAGUCAUCAAAAUUUCAGGGCGUCUACGCGAGACCGCCUACGAAGUAAUGUUCCCCGAGGACAAUGAUCGACUUGGGUUGCCGUAUAUCAUUUUGAACGCUAUUGUAAAGUGUACCCGGGAUAUGCGUAUUCCAUUGGCGAACAACAUUGUGCUGAUCGGAGGAUCUACAAUGGUGCAAGGCAUGGCAGCACGCCUCAAAUCGGAGCUGUUGAACUUGUCGCAAAGUGAUUUCUACAAGGACCGUCUUUUUGUACAAACAUUCAGGUUUCACAGUCCUCCUUCUGAAGCAAACUUCACCACAUGGCUCGGUGGUUCCAUUUACGGUGCUACCGACUUGGUUCUCUCUAAAUCGAUCACUCGAGAGGCUUACAGCAAAAAUCCAACUAUCCCUGAUUUUACAAACUACGAAGAAACACGUGCCCUACAGACCCGUGGCUGACGAUAUAGGAAGCUAGCAGGACAGGCAGGGACAAAUGGAAGAAAUUUAGUGAUGACAAAAUGAAUAUUUAUUAUCUUUAAUUCUAUUUCCGGAACGCUUUUUUCACUCCAACCGAUAUAAUAAAACUAUUAAUAACGGAAUAUACGAAAUAAAUUAAUCAUAGCAAUACUAAUAAUCCGGAUGUUUUGCUCAUUUUUU